UCCGCGCCCGUGACGUCAGUGCGGGGCCGGCUCUUCUGCUGCUGCUGCCGCUGCUGCUACGGCGCGAGGCCAUGGAGGCUGCGGGAGCGGGACCCGCGCAGGCCCUGACAGGGGCGUCGCCGCUGGUGGAAGUGAGACCGGACGAAAUAGGCGUGGUGUCGUCCAGAGAUGGCCCCGAUCCCUCUUCGGGGUCCUUGUCUCCUCGGAAACCCAAAAGUAGCUUGGGGGGAGCGGGAGAUAACCCGCUGGGCUCCAACAGGAAUGGUGAAGAGGGAGCACGAGCGCAGAUGACCGGGAGCAGUAAGGAAAUGGGCCGGAUGUCGCCCGAAUCAGGGGGCGUCUCUGCUGGCCCAAACACCAGCCCUAGCCCAGGGAAUAAAGGCCUGCCAGGUCACGCCGCCAAGACCUUCCCGUCGUCGCCUAGCAAAGCAGCUGGGACCAGCCGGGCUAAGAUGUCCCUCACCGGAACCAGCAAGUCCCCAACGUCUAUCCAAAGUUUGGCCAUGCGUCUGCUGAGUAUGCCUGGUUCGCGACUUCCUGGGGACACUGGGACUCCCGCAGCAGAAGCACUGGCCCCAGCCCCAACACCGGCCCCUGCUCAGCCUCCAGCCCCGACAGCGGAAGAGGCCAAGCCAAAGGUUCACCGGGCCCGGAAAACCAUGCCCAAACCCAACAGUGGGCAGGUCCCCGAAAAGCGAGUCUCUGAGAUGCUGCAUUUCCGAGUCCCCGAUGACCUCAGGAGCAUUGAAGAACCAGAGGAACCUGCCAAGCGUAGAAAAUAUGAUUAUAUGGCUGAUGCCCUGCACAAGAGGAUGCCUCUUUCUCUCCAGCGGUCAAGUCCCAGAGCUACAACUGAGAUCACUGUGACGGAAGAGAUGACGGCUCCAGCCACUGCCUCACAGGAGGAGAGGAGUCAGGAAUGGGAGACCGAGGUGGGGGAUGACUUCAGCCUCUUCUACGACAGCUACUCCGUCGACGGCCAUGUUGAUUCCGACAGCAAGUCCGAUGCAGAUGUUGCUGGCGAGCAUAUGAGUGAGGAGGAAGAAGAGGAGGAAGAGGAAGAGGAGGAAGAAGAGGAGGAGGAGGAAGAGGACGACGAAGAUGAUGACGAGGAAGAAGAUGAAGACGAAGAGUCGGGUAACCUCUCUGACAGGAGCGCUGCCUCCAGCUCCAAACGAAAGGCCAGGAAGCGCUGGCGGAACGACAGCCCCUGGGUCAAGCCGAUGCGCAAACGGAAGCGCAAAGAACCAAACCCCAAGGAUGCCAGAGGGCUGAAUGGUGGCCCAACAACCACACAGAGCGAGUACACGGAGGUGCCGCUUGGCUGUUUGGAGCUGCCCAACCAGGGGGCGCUGUCCCCCAACAAUGCUGGGGUGUCGAAUGAGACGAGUUCACUGGAGACAGAGCGCUUUGAGGAGUUGCCCCUCUGCUCCUGCCGCAUGGAAGCUCCAACCAUUGAGCGCCUCAGCCAGCAGGCUGGAAACCAAUGCAUGGCAACUGAGAGUGCGGAUGGAGAGCUGAACGGCUGCAGCAGCAGCAUCUUGAAGCGGGAGACGAUGCGUCCUUCCAGCCGCGUCCCCCUCAUGGUCCUGUGCGAGGCCCACCGAGCCAGGAUGGUGAAGCAUCACUGCUGCCCUGGGUGUGGCUACUUCUGCACUGCGGGCACCUUUUUGGAGUGCCACCCUGACUUCCGCGUGGCCCAUCGCUUCCACAAGGCCUGCGUGUCGCAGCUCAACGGCAUGAUCUUCUGUCCGCACUGUGGGGAAGAUGCUUCCGAGGCCCAGGAGAUCACGAUAGCCAAGGCUGACACCUCCACUCCCGUCCCCAUUCCACCUUCUCACGGCCAGGGAGCCUCUGAGAGCACAGGCCGUGCUGACACUACCCAGCCCAGUGCUCGGAUGCGGGGGGGCUCAAGCGUAGAGCCCCCGCAGGACGAUAUGGCGGGUCUUGGCCCAGGGAUCGACAGUGCGGGGCCACGGCUGACCCUACCAAAUGGGGCGGUGCUGUCCGCUCAGGGCCUGCCUCCAGGGGCUGGCCGGGAGCAAUUGGAACGGGCCCUGGUGGUACAGGAGUCCGAGCGGCGCAAGAAGCUGCGUUUUCACCCCCGCCAGCUCUAUCUCUCGGUCAAGCAAGGGGAGCUCCAGAAAGUGGUCCUGAUGCUGCAUGUCUGCCCUUCCUUUCCAGUGGACAGCUUGGACCCCAAUUUCCAGAGCGAGCAGCAGAGCAAACGAUUCCCACUGCAUGCCGCGGCACAGAAGGGCUUCCUGGAAAUCUGCCAUGUCUUGCUGCAGGCUGGUGCCAAUAUAAACACGGUGGACAAGUUACGCCGGACCCCGCUAAUGGAGGCUGUCGCGAACAACCACGUGGAGUUAGCGCGUUACCUGGUCAAAAGGGGCGGCUGCGUUUACACUAAGGAGGAUGAUGGAUCUACCUGUCUCCAUCACGCUGCCAAGAAUGGAAACGUGGAGAUGGUCAGCUUGCUGCUCUCCACAGGGCAGGUGGACGUCAACGCUCAGGAUAGCGGCGGUUGGACCCCCAUUAUCUGGGCUGCUGAGCAUAAGCACAUUGAGGUGAUCCGCAUGCUUCUCACCCGUGGAGCCGACGUCACGUUGACUGACAAUGAAGAAAACAUUUGCCUGCACUGGGCCUCCUUCACGGGGAGCGCGGAGAUUGCGGAAGUCCUGCUGAACGCCCAGUGCGACCUCCACGCGGUCAAUUUCCACGGAGACACGCCUCUGCACAUAGCUGCGCGGGAGGGCUACCACGAGUGUGUCCUCCUCUUCCUGUCCCGGGGGGCCGACACUGAAGUGCGGAACAAAGAAGGGGACACUCCCUUGGACCUGGCCUUGGAGAACUCGGAGGUGUGGUUUGCCUUGCAGCUGAACCGCAAGAUCCGCCAAGGGAUUCUCAACCGCUCCGUGCGCACCGAGCGCAUCAUUAGCAGGGAUGUGGCCCGUGGCUACGAGAACGUCCCCAUUCCCUGUGUCAACUCCGUGGACGACGAGCCCUGCCCAGAGGAUUACAAAUACAUCUCGGAAAACUGUGAGACUUCCACCAUGAACAUCGACCGCAACAUCACCCAUUUGCAGCAUUGCACCUGCCAGGAUGACUGUUCCUCCAGCAAUUGCUUAUGUGGGCAGCUCAGCAUCCGCUGCUGGUAUGACAAGGACGGCCGUUUGCUGCAAGAGUUCAACAAGAUCGAGCCGCCCUUGAUCUUCGAAUGCAACCAGGCCUGCACCUGCUGGAGAAACUGCAAGAACCGCGUGGUACAGAGCGGCAUCAAGGUCCGCCUGCAGCUCUACCGCACGGCCAAAAUGGGAUGGGGUGUCCGGGCAUUGCAGACGAUUCCCCAAGGAACCUUUAUAUGCGAGUAUGUGGGGGAACUGAUUUCUGAUGCAGAAGCUGAUGUCAGGGAAGACGACUCGUACCUGUUUGAUCUGGACAAUAAGGACGGUGAGGUUUACUGCAUCGACGCACGUUAUUACGGGAAUGUCAGCCGCUUCAUCAACCACCUGUGCGACCCCAACAUCAUCCCCGUGCGGGUGUUCAUGCUUCACCAGGACCUGCGCUUCCCCCGCAUUGCCUUCUUCAGCAGCCGGGACAUUCAGACCGGCGAAGAGCUAGGGUUUGACUAUGGCGACCGCUUCUGGGACAUCAAGAGCAAAUACUUCACAUGCCAGUGCGGCUCGGAGAAGUGCAAGCAUUCGGCCGAGGCCAUCGCCCUGGAGCAAAGCCGCCUGGCCCGCCUGGAGGCUCACCAAGACGGGCUGCCCGACAGCAGCAACCUCCCUGCCACGCAAGCCUGAGCCGGACCCUUUCCCCUCCCUUCUCCAGCCGGCUGCGGCCUGCUCUCAGCCCACCACGAAGA